UGUUUCUUCAAAAAAAGCAUAAAUUUUUUGUUCCAAUCCAAUUGUUUUCAUUAUUUUAUGGCUUUACAAUGAUGACGAGACACCUGCAAUUCUUGUGUGCCACCGCUUGCAUAUGGCUAUUUGCCGCCGCGCAACAACAACAAUCUUCAUUCGACAAAUGGUCACGUCAGCUGGAAGCUGCCAGUCCGGCAGUAUCGGAUAGCUUCGAUUGGGUACCUUUAUCUCAGCCCGCAGAUAGUUCAACAGCAACGAAGGAUCGUUCUGCCAAUGGACGCGUUCUAACCUAUUCACAAUCGUUUCCACCCAGCGCUAAAUUUAGUGAUUUGUCAAAACCCGCAAGUUUCGGCAAUUCACCACAAUCGGCUAAACCAACACCAUUUGAUUUCCCAUUCCAAUUUCAAUCAUUUGGCAAUGCUCCUCAGACGCAGUCAUUGAGACAACCAAGCCCACAGCUGAAACCACAAGAUUCCACUUCUCAAUCAUUCUUUAAAUUUGAAAUGCCCUUUAAUCAACAAAAUGCACGUCCCGCACAAUUGGCAGCUCCUGGUGUCAACACGGGUUAUCAAAUUUCUCACGCAUUUGGAAAUGGCGCCCAAGCAACAUUGUUUAGUUCACCAUUGUUUAAUCAACAACCGGCCUUCCCACCAGAAUUCCAUCCCGUGCCCCAGAAACCAUUCACCCAGCCAUUGCAACAACCCCAGAAACCAUCCUUUUUGCAACCGAAUGUAAUUGAAGAUCCUUUGUCGUUGAAGAAUUUCUUCAAAGAAAACAAACCACUGCCAACACCAGCAUCCUCAUUGCAGGCUGUUACACCACAAGUUUUCCCCACCAAUCCCCCGGCUGAACCGUCGUUCCCCUUGAGAAAUAACAAUUUCAAUAGUUUACCCUCGGCAGCUGGUUCUGGCCCCGCUGGACCACAAGAUUCUCAGUUCUUGUAUGUACCAUAUAAUGAUGUCUUUAAUUUCCCUGCACCUCAGGCUCAACCCGCCGUCCAGCAACAGCAGCCACAAAAUCCUUUUGAACAAAACACAAAGUUCAGUGGCAAUCUACCCACCGUCAACCCAUAUCAAAUCAAUCAGUUCUAUACCCCAGAUCCAAUUGCUCCAGCUCAACCUCAAAACAAUUUGUUCGCCAUAACCACAACCACCACGGCCAAGCCAUUGACAACCUCCCUGAAACCUGCCAAUGUGUUCCAAAGUUAUGUUAAUCCACAAUUCACCACCCCGGCGCCAAAACCCAAACCAAAGGCCCACCAACCUGCCUUGGCUAUGUUCCUUUAUCGCGGCUCCUCAAGACCCACACAAACCGAUGUUGUCGAAUCCUUGGCCUCCUCCAAGACAAUUGCUGUGAUUGAUGCUCCCACACAAAAUACUCCAGAGAUCUUUGUUGGCCCAGCUGGUAUGCCCACACCCAGUGGCUUUACCAAAUUCGAUUUGCCCUACCUGUCGCAAUUGCAAAGUGGUGGUCAGGAUAUCAAUGACAUUCCCUACUUUGUGGCUCCAUUGAGUUAUCGCACUCCCGGUGGCUUCCAUAAGAUUCUGCUACCCGAACCUCAUGUUGGUUCCAUUGUGGUUAAUUUGGCCAAGCAAAGACCACCAACCGUUGCCACUCAGCCACAACAAUCGAAUGUCUACUAUCAACCUCAAUUGCAAGAUGUUCCAGCCACUACCCAACGUCCUCAGACCACAACCCAAGCCACGGUGUUCUAUCAACCCCAGUUGCAGGAUGUGCAAACCUCAACACAUCGUCCACGUCAACGCGUAAAGGGUAAUGCCAAUCGUGGUAACAAGUAUAGCUAUUAUUUGGAUCAAGAUGCCAUACAAGAAGUUUCAUCACCUCAGAUCACCCAGAAGGAACGUCCCAAAAAGAAACGUCCUCAACAGUCGAACAAGGUUGAGCAGCAAAACGGUUUCAACCAACAGCUGAGCAAUCCUUAUGCCCAAUUUAAUCCCAUACCCAAUCAAAUUACCGGUGAUGAGUAUUACAAGAUUACCAGCAGACCCAGUAGCACCUCGACGACCAGCACGAGCACUACCACCACUUCGACUACCUCUACAACGGCAGCUCCCCAGACCUACUUUACUUACAAUACUCAAGCCCAAGUUGAAUUCCCCGGUUCAAGUGGUCAUUUGUAUCACAAUGUCAAUCAACCAACUGUACAGGAAGAUAAACCCACCAGACCCCCAUUAGGCGCCACCACCCCUGAGGAAGAAUAUCGCAUGAAACAAUACUACAAACAACAAGAUGCCAUACGCAAUCGUCCAAAGAUUGUAUCCCAAACUAAUUCACCCUACGAUCAGGUCCAAUACACUCCCGUUAGUUUGGAAUAUGAUGUUUCGCCCAAGACCACCACAGUUAAGCCUCGCAUUACCUUCUUUAGCCCAACUGUGGGACCAGCGACUGAUGAAGAUUACAAUACCUUGCCACCCAGGCAGCAGGCUACCACCGUGAACAACAACUUGCCAGCCAAUCAUCGUCCUUCAUAUGUGCAAAAUGAAAUUACCGAUAGUCCUGUGGAAUAUGAACCUAAUCCUUAUCAAUUGCCCUCGGAAUUGCCAUCGCUGACACCCAGCCUGCCAGGUUUGGUAAACAAUCUUAAGGAUAUGAAACAACAGCAGCAACAACAACAGCAGAAUGCCAAUGAAGAACAAACAACCGUUACACCAAGUGUGGAGCAGGACACCACCACCAGCAGGCCCACACGUCGCCCGAUACAUCGCGUAAGGAAACCAACCAAGGUCAGUAAUACUGUGGAUAAUGGUGAUAACAGCGAAACAGAAACCUUUACCCGACGACCAUUGAAUCGUGUGCGCAGACCAUUUGGCUCACGCAACACCAUUGGCUCCCAAAUUACCACCAAUUUGGAGAAUAACAACAGCAACAAUGACAACAACAAUAAUGUAGCAACCACCAGCACUACCAGACGUCCAUCGGGAUCACGUAACCCCUUGGUACGCAACCCCAACCGCAUACGUUAUCAACCCACACCAGAGGAAAGACAAACCCUGAGAAUUAAACAAAAGAAGAAGUAUGGCGGAUCCUCAAAGGUCGUCGAACAAACUGAAGAUUUGGACUAUCAACGUGAUGUGUUGAAACAAAAUUAUCCCGUUAUUAGACCAUUAAAUGGUCGCACACCCAGCAGUCCGACAGCAAGACCUAGCUCAUACGAUAUCACCACCACGGAAGCUCCCACAUCGGAAACUCAACAAGUUUACACCGUGACACCAAGCAAUCACAUUGACAAUGAUCAGGUCUUCCCUGCCGGCCUUUUGGAACCCAUGCAAAUCGCCCAACAAUAUAAUCAAUAUAAGGAUAAUUAUGGUCCAGGAUAUUUCCCCAAUCAAGAAGAUUUAAACCCCACCGAACCGGUUCGCAAUGAAAUUAAUCCCGUUUAUACAACAUAUCCGACAACAACACCAGCCCCGGUCACAGAACCACCAACUACAACAACGACCACCACUACUACAACAACAACUACUACUGAAGCUCCCGUGAUCACAACUACAAGACGUUCACCAUUCCGCAGAAAUUAUCCUAGGACAAGGCCAACAACGACGGAGGCUCCCACCACAACUACUCCAACACCGGAAGAGAGACCAUCGAUCCGCAAUCGUUUACCUCCCCGCAAAGUAAUCCGCGUACGUACCCGCACCCGUCGUCCACAACAUCCAGCCUCCACAUCAACAUCGCCCGAAGAUGAAAAUCAAGCCACUGAGGAACCCAAACAAAAUUAUCGUAAAUUGAAUCGUUUCAAUCAGGAUCUCUAUGAAAAUAAUGAGCAAACCCCCAGACGCCGUUAUAAGAAUAAAUUUCAAUUGGAGGGACAAGAGUCACAAUGGUCGCCAGCUGUAAAAGUGGGUCCGACAAAUAAUUUUAAACCCAUUCACCCCAAGAUACACAACAACAAUCGUCAUCGUUUCGAAGAUGAGCCUGAAAUUGUAACCGCCGGACCAAAUGGUGAGGGUCAGGAUAAUUAUGAGGUUAAGGUAUCCGCCAAUUUGGCACCAACCGCAAGCAGUGGCCCACUAAUGAGGGAACCAAAUUUGAAACCCGAAAAAUCCUUUGCUGAACUUCUGGAAGAAGUCAUGGGAAAGGCACCUGAAGAUAAAACUGUUGAAAGCACCACUGCCUCAUCCUCCACCUCUACGGAUGGCACCUAUUUUGAUGCCCAAAAGUCCACGAUUGCCAAUCGUCUGAAUCGACGUGGUAAAUGGAAGAAGACUCGUGUUGUGGCCACCUCCAGUAAUACUAAUGGAGAAAGUUUCGAAACGGCUGAAUCUCAAAAUCUAGGCUCCCAACUCUUGAAUACCUUGCAUACCAAGGAUAAGGCCAGUGUGGACAUGAUUAAGGACUGGAAGACCACCACACCCAUGACAACUGCUGCUGAAAUCAAUGCCAUGUAUAAUUCUGACACCACCACACCCAUACCCAUGGGUUCCAUGGAAGAUGAAUAUGCUAUGACCACCACCAAACCUGAAAUGGCUACCACAUUUGCACCCACCAUGCCAAUGAAUUCCCCCGUUGAAGAUAUGGCUGGUAUGAUGACCGAAAAGUCGGUCAACAAUGGCGAAGAAGAAAGUGCCACACGACGCAUGGAUGAUGCAGCCAUGGAAGAAGAUUUGGAGAUCCAACCCAGUCUCUUCUCGGAAGUCAAGAAACAAUUACAUGAACUCUUCUCGAUUGAGGAUACCGGAGAUGAUACUGCCGUGACAGCUGCCUUGGCUGCUGUGGGUAAACGCCGCCAGGAGUAUACGAAUAUUAAGAGGCCUAAAGUUGAGACCACAACAUUUGCACCACAGCCGGAUUUCACAGAACCCAUGACACCGGAAGAUAAAAUAGCCUUCCAUCGAGAGCUAAUGAAACAUGUGGUAUAUGCCACAUCAGCGCCGGCCAAAGAACAAGAGGAACAGACAUCCGAAGCGGAAAUCUGUUAUAGAGGGCGCUGUAUAAAAUCCGAUGAUUUGCCAGCGAAUCAUAAAUUAAAUUAA